UAAACGUUUAUUCUAAUCCCUUAAAGCUCUGUGACAUGUUGUACAUCAUAACAGCUAUUUUAUUAGAAAAUUUAAAAACAGUGUGAUUUUGUUAAAACAAAAAAAUACACAAAAUCAAGUCUAAAAUUUUCCCCAAUGCUGUAUGGACAAAUGCAUAUCUACUAGACGCCGCUUGCAAACGGCGUCUUAUUAACAUAUUAACAUGAUUUUAAGAGAGUCGUAAACUAUUUCGCUAAAGUAUUGAUUGAUACAAGUGCACAAACUGAUAGAUUAUAUAUUGAAAUUGAAUCAAUAUUGUUUAACUUAAAUAUGUCAUAGACAUUGAAACUUCAAGUAACUUCCUUGUCAGGUAGAAACAUGGAUUUGUUAUUGAAAUGUUUAUCACUGCUAUCGUUAAAUAACGUCUACAAUCUCUGUUGAGCGUUGUCUCCGGUAUGAUAACAUUAAAGAUAACUAUAAAAGAAGAACGUUGAUUUUACUUUCGUUUUCGCUGAAAUGAAAUUAACAUUAAAUUAACGCAGUUCAAAUAGGAAUUUAAAGAUAAGUGUACAUCUUCAUAAAUAUACAUUGAUUAUGUCGAUAUGAACUGGCUUCAUUUUUAAUUUUAACAUACAUUUAAAGAGAUAAAUGAAAUGGGAUCGCUUUGUUGUCGUGAGAAUAAAGAUAAUGCAAAACGGCCGACUUCACCGUCACAAGUCACACUGGCUGACAAAACACACGAAAGAUGUCUUAACAAAGAACUGAUGUACAAAAAUGAAGUGGAAAAGCUAGGAAAACAAGUGAUGGAUCUUGAAAAACUGACUAAAGAUAAAGAUAAAGAGAUUACUACACUAAAAGAAAACCAUUACCAACAGAUGGAGGAGGAAAUUCAAGAACAUGAAUAUGAACGCAAGGUACUUGAUAAAAAUAUUUCAAAGCAAAGAGAACAGAUUCGAGAACUGAGGGAGGAAUAUGAUACGCACUUGACAAGAUGUCUUAACAAAGAACUGAUGUACAAAAAUGAAGUGGAAAAGCUAGGAAAACAAGUGAUGGAUCUUGAAAAACUGACUAAAGAUAAAGAUAAAGAGAUUACUACACUAAAAGAAAACCAUUACCAACAGAUGGAGGAGGAAAUUCAAGAGUAA